AGGAUACAUAAGAAAAUUUGAGGAGGAUGGGCAAAAACAAUUAGAUGAAGAAAUUAAAGUGGAAAUUGAUGAGAAAAUCUUCGAAAAUUUAAUGAAAAUUAAAAUUCAUCCCUUUGAUUUUCUCCAAAAUGUUGUUUAUAAUGUUAAAAUAAAACCUUUAAAUAAACGAUUUGAAAAGCUUGGAGGACAAGAAUACGAGGAAAUUGUUGAAUAUUUUAAAAAUCCAGAUAAUUUUAUAAAAAAUGAGAAAAGAAAAUUGAGAGAAAAUUCUGUAGAAUUUUUAUAUAAAGAAUUUAAAGAAAUUAAAAAAAUAUUGGAGAAGAGAAAAAAUUAUAGAAGAAAAAAUAAAGUAAUCAAAAUUAAUUUAAAAAAGAAUAAAGUUGGACAUAACAGAAUAAUUAAUUCAUUAAAUUAUCUCAAUAAUGAAUUUAAAAAUAAACAAAAAAAUAUAUUUAAUAAAGCAUGGGAUUGGAUGAAUUCCAAAAUAAAUAAAAAUGAAAAUAAAGAAAAAUUUGAUUCCGAAGUUUAUUUUAAAUUUAAAAAGGAACUUUUGAAUAUUGAUAAAAACAUUAAAAGUUUUUAUAAGUUAAAAGAAGCAAUUGAGAUUGUUAUUUCUGAAGAAAUUAAAGGCAAGUCUAGAGCAAAUAAAUUAAAUUAA